AUGAAGGCCCCCUCCCCCCCAAUCCGUGUCCCGACCGAAGCGGAGCUCGAGCAGUCCACCCCUUCGGAGCUGCUCCUCCUCUCGGCCACCCUCGGUCGCACCGACCUCGCCGUCUCCGCCCUGCGCGCGGGCGCGGCCGUCGACGACGUCGUCCCCUCCUCGUCUUCGCACGCCCGCACUGCUCUGCACGCCGCGCUCUCCGGGGGCCAUGUCGACGUCGCACGCGCGUUGUUGGCGGCCGGCGCGUCGCUGACGAAGCACGACGCAGGCGGGGAGACCCCUAUCGCCGUCGCCGCUGAGGAUGAGGCUGUGCAGACGGCGCUCUCCGCCCAUGUGUGCCAACGCGCCGCUGCGGGAGAUUCCCAUGCCAUCGCCGAAGCGAUCGCCGCGGGUAUGGAUGUAGGAAAGACCGAUGGAUCUCCAGCGGUCAAUACGCCGCUGCACUGGGCGGCCGCGUUUGGUCAGGUUUCGGCUGUUCGUGUGCUAUUGCAGGCGGGAGUUGAUGUUGAUGCCGCGAAUGCCAAGGGGGAUACUCCCUUGCGGGAUGCGGCAGCCGCUGGGCAUGUAGCGGUGGUGCGGGAGCUUAUGUCAGCCGGGGCGGAUCCGUCGUUUAAGAACAAGAAAGGGAGUUCCCCAAUCGAUAUCGCCACGAGUGAUGAGCUGCUUGGCGCUCUGCAUCGAAGUCACCAGGGUGAGAGAGAAGUUGCCGAGCACGCGGUUGGCAGUGUAGAAGGUGAGGACGGACCGGAGACGCCGUACUUUGUUCCCGGAGAACGCACGAGAGGAGGGGCCAGACUAGCAGGAGCUAAGGCGGAGGAACGGCCGGCAUGGGGUGAGAUGCUUUGGCCAAGGCCGCAGAGGUUUGUGGAGGCUGCGCCAAAAGGCUUUUUUACCAUGCCGCCGGUCGUUACCGUGUCGGCAGAGAAUGAGUGCAUGCAAGUUGCGCGGAUGCUUGUUACUUGGAUGAGGAAUGAGAAGCUUGGAGAUGACUAUACUGUCAAGCUUGUCGGUGGGGGUCAUGGGGGUUUAGGCGAAGCGCUUGAGUUUUCUGCUUCGGUAUUUUUACGCGUUGAUGCAAGAGGUGUGGAAGGUGCGGAGCAAGCAUACAACUUGACCGUCCGUGAUUUUGGAAUAGACGUGGUUGGAGUGGAUUUGCCAGGGCUUUUUUAUGGUGCCUCGACCCUGUUCAAUGUUUUCCGGUUGAGAAAGGAGAAGUCGAAAGACCAGUCUGCACCGCUGGCUAUCCCCACCUGCCGCAUCUCGGACUGGCCUUCUAUAAGACGGCGGGCACUGCACAUGGACAUCUCGAGCUACAUGCUUCCGAAACGCGAAACGCUUGAUGCGCUCGCCAAGUUUCUUGCGCGGGAAAUGAAAAUGAAUCAGCUUCAGCUCAACAUGGGCCCCAACUUUGUGAGGAUGAGUGACUUGUCAGGGAGGGAUGCGAUGCGACAUGAAGAUAUCUUGACGUUCCAGAAUGUCUGUCAUCAACAUUUUAUCGAGCUUGUGCCGGUCGUCUCCCUAGGUGACCAAACUGAGCAACGACGGGAAAGCGGUGAUGGGAACACAAACGGAAACGGUGACCAUCACUCCAGAUCCUCACAAAGGAAAAAACGAGUUGCGGAUGAAAUGAUCUAUGAUGAGUUUGUCACUUUGUUUGACAGCCCUCAGGUCAAUCUGGGUGAACUGUCCGAGAAACGAACAAGCGACUCCAGCGAUUUUGAAAGGCUUCGCGCUGCCACCCGCGGCCUGCGCUCAAGAGGUAAACAGACUUUCCAAAUCUACGGGAGCCAAAUCCCAGAAACUCUCGCGGAUUCUCCAGUGGUAUCAAGUGUAUUAGCGGAGAUUCCUACUAGAUGUAUUACCAUCCUGGAGACAACUCUCGCGGAUGAGGACAGAUACAAGGAAAACUGUCUUCGGAUGAGUCAAUAUGGUUUGCCGUUUUAUACGUGCUCUUCCUCAUACUUGAAUGAGUCGCUUGCAGGGUGCACAUCAAAAGCUCUUGACAGUUCAUGGAUUGCGGUGGAAACCGCAAUUGAACAAGGCGCCGUAGGCGUUAUGAUGAAAAACUCGAGUUCAGCAACACACAGCGCACCGCUCGUAUUUCUGUACCAAGCCUUGAUUCCGUUUGCCGGGGCCGCAUGGAAUGCUAAGCAAGAGGUGGGAAGAGUAUCCUCCGGCCCAGAUGACGUACUCUCUCACUUGUACGAUAUGUACAUUUUUGGGGACCCUACUGAGAAAGGCAUCCUUGGCAACAUAGCUCUAUCUCUUGGUGACCUCCACCUCGUUGCAGGUGAUAGCACUGGGAAGGCUCUCUCUUCACUGCUUACAAAUCGCAGAGGAAAUUCCAUUUCUGCAAUAGAAGAGAUGACAUAUCUGGGCCUGCGCAAGGCCUUGAAGCGAGCUGAAAGAAUCGAAAAUGCCCUUUCAUCAUAUGUUGGAAAUGCAGAGCGGACUGACGUGCUGGAAAUGCGUGUUGCCGCGAUCUUGAUGGGUGUAUCAGCAAGGCUUGGUGCUUCUCUGUUUUCGGUAUCCUCAGCAAACUCCAUGGAUUUCGCAAACAGCUUCAGAGAAAGCCCUCUCCGAAUUAGUGCCCUGCCAGAUGGAAGAAGAAGCGAUCUCUGCAAUUCCCUCUUGCAUGGCAUCGAACUUUUUCGAGAUGCAUGGAUGCAGCGAUACAAUGAGGUUGGAUUUACGGCAACAGUGGAACUUUUGACCGGAGAAGCGCUGACACAGCUCGCAGACGGAAUGCCAUACCAAAGAUACCUAGAAGAACGAAAGGCGCAUGGCUGGGGUCCAGGCCGGGAGUAG